GGUUGUUUUGCAAUGUUAACGUAAGCCGGUGUGUGGCCCCUGGAUGAUCGACAGAUCAACACUUCACACUGUACAAACUAUAAUUUAAUAAACCGUCUGCUGAACCGCCGGAAGAUUAUUUUAAGAAACUAAGCUGUUGCCAUGGCGAUGGAGGCAGGUAACAGCUCUGGAACAACUGGAACUGCUGGAACCAAACUCUUCGAGAAUAUUUUUAAAUACAAGGGCAUUAAUUUCAUCAACAACAAGUACGCAGACGAUCCAAUAAAGAUGGAGAACAUGAAAUGCCGUGACGAUGAUGUCAUAGUUGCUACGCUUCCAAAGAGCGGAACUACAUUCACCCAGGAGAUAACGUGGCUGGUUUUACACGAUGCAGACCCCAAGUCGAGAGACGGGAAAAACUUUGAUGAGCGCAUGCCAGAGAUCGGAUACAGCUUGCAUUGCAGUUACCCAGGAAGCAAGUACGUGCCACGGGACGAGAUGGAGUCUCCGCGAAUAUUCAAAACGCACUAUCCGUGGAGAACGCUUCCACGGGAGGCUAAAGAGAAGAAGUGCAAGAUAAUCUACGUGAGUCGAAACUUCAAGGACGUGGUGGUCUCCGGCUAUUUCAUGUUCAAGGAUCUGUAUCUAGUGCCGAUUUACCCCGGUAACAAGUACGUGCCACGGGACGAGAUGGAGUCUCCGCGAAUAUUCAAAACGCACUAUCCGUGGAGAACGCUCCCACGGGAGGCUAAAGAGAAGAAGUGCAAGAUAAUCUACGUGAGUCGAAACUUCAAGGACGUGGUGGUCUCCGGCUAUUUCAUGUUCAAGGAUCUGUAUCUAGUGCCGAUGUCAGCGGGGAAGGGUGCCAAUAAAACUGCCAAGAGUUCGACAGAUCUUCUUGUUUCGACCGACUCCAUUCGCAGUUACUUUAACCAGAUGGCGUACGACCAAGUGAUAUUUGGCAACUAUUUUGAGCACAAUCUGGAAUACUGGGAGCAGAGAGACAGCGGCCAUGUUCUAUUCCUGCUCUACGAAGACCUGGUGGAGGACCUGGCAGGGGGCGUGCGUCGCAUCGCUGAGUUUCUAGGUAAACAGCUGAGUGACGAUCAGGUGUCGGCCAUUGUCGCUGAGACGAACUUCGAGCGCAUGCGCACGAACCCGCUCACGAACUGGAAUUUCACGAACCGCUCACGAACCGCUGGACCGCUCACGAAGAAUGGACUGCGCGACCCUAACGCUGCACCCAUCAUGCGCAAAGGAAAAGUUGGCGACUGGAAGAAUUACUUUGACGAUGAGAUGAGCGACAUCGCAGACGCCCUCUGCAGGAAACAUUUCGAACCAGUCAACCUGAAACACAGAUUCGAGUAGCAGACGAAAUUAGUAUAUCUGUAUAAACUGUCGGCAUUAAAAAAUAGACUCGUGCAUUUAUUACAAGUCACAAAAGGUGCUUUAACAUCACGAAAUAGCGAUUAAUGCAUCAGCAAGCACGGACUUGCCUAGCCAGUUGUGCCUUCACUACCUCAUGAUCACUGCAGCAUAUAUGCUCUCGGCAUUCUACAUAACGCAACAAGUACGUUAAUAUUUUAAUAGAAAUUAUUAUAUCUGUAUAAAC